CUGUCGUUCACACAUCAUCGUGUGUAUAGCAGCACUCUUUCUUUUAAACCCGUGCAAGCAAAGCAAGCUGAGCGUCCAGCGUUCAGCAUUCCAACUUCCAACUCAACUCACAGGCUUCACGGCUGACACACCUCGUAGCCCGGCCGGCGGCGACAAAACCAUGCAGGAGAGGCUGCCGUUCCGUGCAAUCCGGCCGAGCAAAGGUGCCCUAGCUACCUCUCUCUUGGGCAAAGGUGAUAGGGGCCUUAGUCAAGCGACAAGGCUCGCCCCCAUCUUUAUGUUACUGUCGCUACUGCUGAUUUCUUGUGGAGUCGGCAGCAUCCGUUGUUCCUCGACGACCGUCCAUGGUAACAUCACAGACAUGAUCUCGCUGCUAGAUUUCAAGCAGGACAUCACUAACGACUCAAGACAAGCCUUAAGAUCUUGGCACGCCAGCGUCCCUCUUUGCAAUUGGGAGGGCGUCCACUGCAACUCGGGGCGAGUCACUAAGCUGCACCUCAGCGAACAAGGGUUGUUGGGCCGGAUAUCCCCAUCCCUUGGCAACCUAACAUUUCUUAGGACAUUGGACCUGUCCAAAAAUGGCUUCACCGGUGAGUUACCUCCUCUCAACCGUCUCCACAUACUGGAAUACCUUGACUUGGGACAAAACUCACUGCAAGGGACCAUUCCAGAUACUCUCACAAACUGCUCCAAGCUACGGAUGCUGGACCUAUCUGCCAACUUACUAAUGGGUGAAAUUCCCCUUGCUAUAGGUCGUCUAUCCAAUCUAAGGGAAGUAUGGCUUUCCUCAAAUAAUCUCACCGGAACAAUCCCACCAAGCCUAAAAAACAGCAGUCAGCUUGAAGACAUCGUGCUUACUGAUAAUAAGCUCACGGGAACCAUUCCUGAUGAGAUGGGAAUUUUCCCAUCUCUUGUUUAUUUAGGCCUUGCUGGAAAUAUGCUAUCAGGUGGAAUCCCAGAAACCCUGUACAAAUACAAUCAGUCUUCUCUCCAAUAUUUAUACUUAUAUUCCAAUAUGCUUGGGAAAACACUGCCAUUGAACUUUGGUGACACCUUCCCGGAUCUUAAACAUCUCUGUUUGGACAAUAACAAUUUUGAAGGUCAUCUCCCUGCUUCACUAGGCAAUAUUUCAAGGCUAAGGCUGUUAAACUUCUCUUCCAACAAUUUCAUUGGUCAAGUUCCAGGUUCUUUUGGUAAUCUUGCACGGUUACAAUACCUAAUCCUUCAGCGAAACAACUUUUGGGGCUUCAUCCCAAUAGAGCUUGGCGACUUAAAGCAGCUCACCCAUCUGGAUCUGUCUGACAAUAAUUUGCAAGGUGGUGUGCCAUGACACGGAGUGUUUGUUGAAAAUAACAGUUCCGUCUCACUUGGAGGCAACAUGGACAUCUUUUGGAGGAACACUGAAUCUGCUCCCAUGUCCCGCCAUCUCUCGGAGAGAAGAAACACAGUAUGUACUAGCUACUUGAUUAUUGGACUACUCAUUACAAUACUUGGUUUGUCACUCAUAUUGUUUGGCCUAUUUUAUGCUCACCAAGAUGUCAGGAGCAAACCUAUCAUUCUUUUUUGGGGGUGCUGUGUGUAAUUCAUGGGGUUGGGACCUUCCAAAUCUUCACUCUGGGAAUAAAUGAUCAGGCUCUCAGUGCUCAA